GACAGGAUAGAAAGUGAAAGAACAGGCGGAUGAGAAACAGUCAGCGGAAACACAACUGUACACAACAAAACUGUACCACAACGGCUCAACAUACUGUACUGUAUGAGUGGGACAGACAAAGAGGGAACACAUGAGGACAUUGAGCGUUGUCACCAUGUCUAAAGCCACCGUGAAGAAGCUGCACUGGCGCUCAAAAGUGCAGGAGAGCUUUGUCCCCCUGGGCGGAGCCUCGGGGGAGCUGGGCCUCGCCAUUGGCGGCGGGGCCGACUACGGCGAGUUCCCAUUCGUCACCGCAGCCCCCGGAGGCGGAGCCACCGUGGGUGACAUCAUCCUGGAGAUCGGCGGCACUCCCGUCCUGGGAAUGACCCUCGGAGAUGUGCGAGGGGUUCUCAAUUCCUGCCCGCAUCCCAUCCGCAUUAAGACCGUCUCCCCAGGCUCCACUCUGUGUAAGGACCUGAGGUUGUAUCUCAGUAAGUGUUUCACUCCAGGCUCAAUGGACAGUCAGCUCCAGCAAGUCAUCCGAGAAAACCUCUAUCUGCGGGCUGUUCCCUGCACCACGAGACAGCCGCGGGAUGGGGAGAUCUCGGGGGUGGACUACAACUUUGUCUCCAUCGAGGAGUUCUUCUCUCUGGAGGAGUCCGGCGCUCUUCUGGAGAGUGGCAAGUUCAAGGGCAACUACUACGGCACACCCAGACCUGUCCACAUAGGUCCGGAGAGUCCCCCCAUCACGUACCAGGAGCACCGUAACCUACUGAGAAACUUCCGGACUCGCAGCAAGUCUCUAAGCAACCUGGAGAAGGCUGUGGAGGAAGGAGAGAACAGCGAGGAAGACUCUGGACUGUCAGCAGGCUCUGCGGGCGCGAGCAGCGCACCCACCACCAUCCUGUCCCCCAACCAGACGUGGGACCCCAGCAGCAGGGAGGGCAGCGGCCCAGAGAACGGAGCCAGAGGGGGGGCGCUGCCCGAGAACUGGGAGAUGGCCUUCAGCGACUCAGGGGAGCCAUACUACAUAGAUCAUAACUCAAAGACAACCAGCUGGCUGGACCCCCGAGCGCAGAGCAAAGAGAUCGUCAGCAAGACCGAGUUGCCUGCGUUCACGGACCAGCCGUCGGAGCUGAAGGGCUACUCCAUCCACACACGGCUGUCCAAGGGGCCGAGGGGUUUUGGCUUCAACAUCGUGGGUGGCAGCAGGCCCCGGGAGUUCCUGCAGGUGUACAGUGUCACACCUGGUGGCCCACCUGCGCUGAAACAAGCGGACCUCCUGGUGUACAUCAACGACACGAGCGUGCUGGGCUUCUCCCACAAGGAGGUGGUGGAGAUGCUCAAGUCGGUGCCCAUGGGCCACAGCGUGGACGUGGUGGUGCGGCGCGGCUACCCCAUGCUCUACAACCCCGACGGCUGCCCCAAGAACCCCCAGCAGCUGACCGCUCCUCCCCCGGACUCCGCCGGCGGCGCCGCCCAGCCCCAGCACCAGGGCCACCCGUCCGAGGCCCGCCAUCAUCACCACCACCACCACCACCACCACCACCAGAUGGGCCACCUGGGCAUGAGCCGCUCCCAGUCGCAGCACAACGGCAUCUACCCCAGGUCCCCGCUGGACGCCAACGGCAACGCGGCGGGCUACGGGGGGGUGGCGCCGCCCUCGUACGGUCUUACCAACGGCAACCCUCUCGGGGGACCCUCUGGACUGCAGCACGGGGGUGCAGUGGGCCCCCCGCCUCCGGAACGCAUGUCAUCCAGCCACAGCGACACCGAGGUGGCCUCAGUUGGCGGGACUAAGAGAGGGUCACUGAUCCGCAACUACAACAACAACUCCCUCCCUGCUCCCAGGCUCCUCCACCAGAGCUCCAAGUCGUCCGAGAGCGACCUCUCCUCCUCGGCCACGCUGCCCAUCGCCAAGCUCCCGCUGCCCCCCCAGCCCGACGUGGGCCUGGGCACCGCCGCCUCUUCGUCCUCCUCCGCGGCCACGCCGGGCGCGCACAGCGCCAGCCAGCGCCCGCUCGUGCCCCAGACCUCACUGGUGGUGACGCCGCCCGCCGACGUGGCGACCACGUGCGGUUUCAACGGCUGCCCGGUCAACAGCCACCCCCGCGCCGCCAACCCUGGCAACCUCGCGUCUCCGGGAGCGCCAGGAGGAGCAGGGGCAGGGGGGGAGAUGGUGCCCGUGGCCCUGGGGAAGAGCGAGGGCGGGGGCAUGGGCUUCAGCGUGACAGCCGGGGGCCAGGGCGGGCAGCUGGCUGUGGUCAAGAGGGUGUGGGACAGGCGGCAGUGCCCCUCCCUGCAGGCAGGGGACGCUAUCAUCAAGAUUAACGGCGCCGAUGUCCAGAGUCUCAGCUUUGCACAGGUCCAGAGAGUGCUCCAGGAACAUAUUGUUCAAGGAGAGGUGGUUCUGCUGGUUUACAGAGGAGGGCCUGGCUCUGCCAUCUCCCCUAACUUCUACAAGCGCAUCCCCCACACACACAGCUCGUCCUCGCUCCCCCAGACCUCCCCGGACCUGCUGUCCCCGUCCUCGGACACCACGGCGGCGCCCACGCCCAACGCCCUCUCGCCCACCUCCCCCUCGGCCGAGGCGCCCUCGUUGGUCCAGAGCACCAGCUUCCUGGACUCCAUCCCUGUGACCCUCACGCUGGAGCCGCGGGACUGGUUAGGGGACGAGGUGGGCGGCGGAGGCGCUGGAGGCGCCAUCUCGCGCUCCGCGUCGUCCGGCUCCACCCUGGGCGCCGUGUCCAAGGGCCAGCCGGCGGACGGGCGAGGCGGCCUCCCGUCCAAGGCCCUGGAGGUGGAGCUGCGGAGGAGACCCGGCGAAGGCUUUGGCUUCGUCAUCGCUUCUCAGGAUGUGGUGAAUGGAGCGUCCUCCCUUCUGUCCCACCGGUUCGUGACGGUGCGUCGGGGCAGCCCUGCGGCGCGGAGCGGUCAGAUCCAGCCGGGCGACGAGCUGGAGGCGGUGGAGGGACGCUCGGUGGUGUCGCUGCCUCACCGCGACCUCGCCCAGAUCCUGCGCCGCGCCGGAAACACCCUUCGCCUGACCAUCAUCCCCCGCUCCAACACAAACACCGCUAACCUGUCAGAGUACGCGGACUUUGACACAGACCACAGGUCAAGGAAGGGUCACCGAGCCAGGUCGAAGCAAGACUCCAGGUUUUACAAUGUGGAUCUGGAGCGCGGCCCCACGGGCUUUGGUUUCAGCCUGCGGGGGGGCAGUGAGUACAACAUGGGCCUCUAUGUGCUGGGCCUCAUGGAGGGGGGGCCCGCCUCACGCAGCCAGAAGAUACAGGUGAGUGACCAGCUGGUUGAGAUCAACGGCGACAGCACGGCGGGGAUGACCCACAGCCAGGCGGUGGAGCAGAUACGCAAGGGGGGACACCGGAUACACCUGGUGCUCAAGAGGGGAAACGGCUACGUGCCAGACUACGUGGAGCUGUCCAGCCUAUCUCUCUGUAUGACCAACUCCAAGCAGGACCGUGAAGUUGGAGCAGCCUCCCCCUCCUCCUCCGUGUUCACCGAGGAGCCGGGUGUGGCUGCAGUAGAUGAGUGGCACUUGCCGCCCGUGCCCAGGGAAGCUGGCACCGCGGACGGCCAAGACAGGGGGGGCAGGGUGGCCAGGAGAGGCGCGGGAGGGAGUCACGGGGGCAAGAAGAGCAGCAGGGGGGGAGAGCCCGCCGGCGGCGGGGAGGGGGGCCAGUCGAGGAGGGAGAGGGACAAGACCAGGGAGAAGGCCAGGGAGAAGAGCAGGAGCCUGGGGGACCGGCGGAGGAGAGAGAGGGAUGGAGAGAGGGACAGGAGCGCCGGCGAGAGAGCGGAGGAGCAGGGCCGAGCCUCGCGGGCGUCGCUGCCCGCCGAGCUGGAGCAGGCGGCGGACGAGCAACAGGCGGCCACGGAGAUGGCGGCGGCGGCGGCGGCAACGGCAACGGCGGCGGCGGCGACCUCGGCGGACAAAGCCGCCUUCUCCUUCCUCAUGCCGCUGGACACUGGCGCCUCCGACGCCGAGUCGCUCGCCGGCCUCUCGGAGGUCAGCGUGUCGGCCGCCAGCAUCUCGGGCAUGUCCCUGGCCGACGGGGCGGAGGCCGGGCAGGAGGGGGGGCCCCCGCGGAGCCUGCUGUCCCCCGGCCCCUGGCUCAAACCCAGCCAGCAGAAACUCUCUCAGGUCCUGGAGAGCAGGAGGCUCUGGGGGCGGGAGGGGGGGCUGUGGCUGCACUGA